AUGAAUAUUUUUAAAAAACCAAUAAUACAGAUUAAUAAUAUAGGGAAUAGUAAUGGUAAAUCACUAAAUAAUCAAUCACAACAACAACAACAACAACCGAUUCUAUUAACGAUAACGCCACAAGAAAUUCGAAAUAAAUUUGAUGAAUUAAAUGAAGUUGAAUCAAAUAGAAUAAUUGAAGGUUUAAAUAGUCCAACAACUUCCAUUUGGUCAUUAACUGCUGCUAUAUCAAAACAAAACAAGAAUAGAAAUAGAUAUACUAAUGUAACGCCAUGGAAUGAAACAAGAGUCAAAUUACCAAUUAAACAAGAUUCUUAUUCUGAUUAUAUUAAUGCAUCAUAUAUUAAUUUAUCUACUUCAAAAAAUUCCAUGAAAAAUUCAUAUAUUGCAUGUCAAGGACCAUUAGACAAUACUCGUAAUCAAUUUUGGUCAAUGUGUUUUAAUGAACUGGAAAAACAACAAAAUGAUAUCGGAAUAAUAGUAAUGGUUACUCCCUUAAUUGAACAAGGUUUAGUGAAGUGUGACAAAUACUGGCCUGAAUUAGGUGAGAAAUGGUCAUUUGGUUCUAAGAAUUUAGAAGAUGGUUUAAUUUAUGAUGAUUUAACUGUUGAAAAUAUAAAUGAAUCAUAUGAUGAGAAUAAUGAUUAUUUAUUAACUGAACUAAUAUUAAAAAGUGGAUUAAAACAGAAGAAAAUAUAUCAUUUCUACUAUUAUAAAUGGGCAGAUGCAAGAACUCCACCAUCUUCAAUACCACUACAAAAUUUAUCUAAUCACAUAAAUGAAAUAAAACAAUUAGAUGAACAAAACCCACCAGUACCCAUAGUUCAUUGUUCAGCAGGAGUAGGUAGAUCAGGUACUUUUAUGGUUUAUGAUCAUUUAUUUAAAAAUAAGGCAAAAUAUAAAGAAAUUUUGAAAUCAAAUCCAACAAAAGACCUAAUUUAUAAGACUGUUUUCCAAUUAAGAACUCAAAGAAUGAUGAUGGUUCAAACUGUUUAUCAAUAUAAUUUCUUAUAUGACGUUGCUAGAGAUAUUUAUAAUAAUGAGUAG